AUGCAGUGGAGAGAUCAACAGACCCCAUUGGCAACGCUUCGAGGGUACUGUAAGAAGAUUGUAGUAGAGCUCACCCCGACGAUCAUGUAUAAAGUCAGUAAUGACAUUGGGCUUAAGAUUCUUGGAAUUGAGUUCUGGCAUUCACAAGUACAACAAGAGCUGGAUCAGCGCGAUCAGGCAUUGUCCCAGCGCUCCCAGCGUUCUCCAGCCGGAAAGGAAGCCGAGGAAAAGAGAGGAAGUGAAGCUGAUGACGCUGAUAAAGAAAAAGAAGAGGAAUCAAGGAGGAAAGGGUAUGACGACGAUCACAUGUUAAAAUGGCAACGAGGAGACGAAAUUCGGGCCAAGCGUGCCUCAGUCGCUCAGCAUGGUGAACGAACAAAGCAAGUG